AUGAAUCAGUGCAAGAGAGCUAAGCAGAGGGUGAUGCAAAUUUUGAUGGGUCGGUACAAGGAAGAAUAUGCGCAGGUAUGGGAUUAUGCUCGCGAAUGUGUGGUUCAAAACCCAUCUAGUAGGGUAUAUGCUGAGGUUGUAGAGAGGCCACUGCCUGAUUGUGAGCCUAGGUUUAAUAGAUUUUAUGUUUGUUUUGAUGCAUGCAAACGGGGCUUUUUGGCUGGUUGUAGAAGAGUUGUAGGAUUGGAUGGAUGUUUUCUUAAGGGUUUAUGCAAGGGGGAGUUGUUGGCUGCUGUGGGGAGAGAUGCCAACAAUCAAAUGUUUCCGAUAGCUUGGGCAGUUGUCAAGAUUGAGAACAAGGAUACUUGGUCCUGGUUCCUCAAGAAUUUAAUGGUUGACCUUGACAUAAACGAUGGGGGAGGAUGGGCAUUCAUGAGCGACCAACAGAAGGGACUUGUUCCUGCAUUGGCUGAGUUGAUGCCAUAUGCUGAGCAUAGAAUGUGCGCGAGGCACAUAUAUGCAAAUUGGGCAAAGAACUACAAAGGAGAUAUGCUGCAGAAGCAGUUUUGGCAGAUAGCGAAGAGUACCAACAUGGCUGACUUCAGAUUAGCCAAACAGGGGUUGUUGCAGCUGACAAAGGAAGGCUUUGAUGCACUAUUCCAGACAGAAGCUAAGCACUGGUGUCGGGCCUUCUUCAGUGAAGAAUUUAAAUGUGAUAUAAUUGACAACAACCUUAGUGAAGCUUUCAAUGGCAGAAUUUUAGAGGCCAGGUGCAAGCCAAUCAUUAGCAUGCUUGAUGAUAUUCGCGUUAUGGUCAUAACCAGACUGCACAUGCAAAGAGAUGAGGCUACCAAGUGGAGCAGAGAAUGCGGUCCUAGAAUUGUAAAGAAAUUGGAUGCGAACGUUACUGCUAGUAGGUUCUGCCAUCCGGUUUGGAAUGGAGAAAAUGGAUAUGAGAUCAUUCACAAUAAUGAUAAGUAUGUGGUCAACCUAGAUAGAAGAAAGUGUUCAUGCCGAGCCUGGGAACUAAGUGGAAUUCCUUGUCCCCAUGCUAUUUGUGCCAUUUUGAUGAAGCAAGAAAGGCCAGAGGAUUACCUACAUGAUUAG